UCACAAAAGUGACACACAAUGGCUUCGCAUCAAAUUAGCAAUAAAAAAUUGUAUGAAGAGUUAAAAUCGGCAAUCGAUGAAGACAAAAUGUAUUGGUUGAAAAACGAUGCGAAAUUGCGAGCUGUGAAUUCAUCAAAAUCUUAUGACGAAUUCAGAGAUAUUGUAGCAGCCGCUCAUUUGCAGCCUGUUACCAAAAAGGAUAAGGAACGCAAUCAACGCAGUUGGAAAACUUUGACUGAUAGUGAUUAAAACAAAUAAUUUUCGAAAAAUUCUAUUAAACAGAAGUAAUUAGAACAAUGUUUUAAUCUAAAUUAUAUCAAUAAUAACUAUCCCAAAACCACGAUAAAAAUAUUAGAAACAUUUUCUUCCUAUAGUAGAAAUGUAAAAAUAUAGCAAACUUAUUGGGUUGCAAAAUUUCCAAGAAAACCCUAUUUCCUUGGCUGUUGGAUGUGGUUCAUUGGCUUGCUGGGAACAUUAUUUGGAGGCUUUUCCUUGUGAAAACUUUGUACUGCUUCAGCAGG